CCCAACUGAAACCGAAGGCCAGCUGUUCGAUUCAGGUGCAGAUGGGAUUCCUCUUCAUAUGAUCUUCUAUUGGAGGUGAGGACCGGUAAAUGUGACCAGACUAGCGCACACCGGGUUCUGUAGGAUGGUAUCCAAUAGAAUGGCCCCAGGAUGCGCGGAGAAGGCAAGACUGCCGAGGAAACCUAACAGACAACAAUCAUGCAACCAUACAAUCAUAGAUCGAAGUGGGAAAAUACUGCCGACCGUUGCCGCUUUUGAGACCACCCCUCUCUUGACAAACUGCUCCCCUGAAGCUUGUCACGCAUCUGGUACUCCAAGAUACUUUGAUCCCGUAUGGCUCAAAGUAAUUCGGAUGUACGGAGUACUCCGUACGGAGGAGUUCCCGGUGGUAGCCGGCCUAGGGAGGGGAUUUCUCGGCGCCAGAACGUUGAUCUUCCGCCCAAAUCUCUCCCCACCGGUACCAUCAACGUUGAUCAUCCUUCAACCGACACACCACCGCUAGUCCAGGAAUUCAGAUUGCCUAGGCGAUGUGAUAGGUGCUGAAGUCGGCGCGUAUUAUUGCAACACCGGGGUGGAGACAUCACAUCGGCGACGUAUCUUAGUGCGCACUAGGGACAUUUUUCCUAUCCUGAAGGAGUAAAUGCAUGACCGUCGGGUGGUUCCGGGCAGCUGGCUACG